GAAACUGCGACCACAGGCGAAGCGCGAAGAAUCAGGGACUGUGAACAAGGGAGAAGGUCAGAUAGGAAAGCGCUGGUGCCCCUUUCCAUCCAUACAUCCAUCGACUCAUCUGAGGCUGUCAAGUCAAGGGGGAUCAAGAUGCGCAAGAAGGUGGAUAACCGGAUCCGUGUGCUAGUGGAGAACUGCGUGCACUCUCGGCAGCGCGCCAUGUUUGUGGUGGUUGGCGACAGGGGGAGGGACCAGGUGGUGAACUUCCACUACAUGCUGACCAAGCUGACGAGCAGGAAGCCGACGGUGCUGUGGUGCUACAAGAAGGAACUCGGGUUCAGCUCUCAUCGAAGGAAACGCAUGAAGCAGAUCAAAAAGAAGAUACAGAAAGGUAGGUACCUAGGUACCGUCGCUCGGGUCAGGUGGGAUGGAUGCAUAUGUGUGUGUGUGUGUGUGUGUGUGCUGUGCGUGUCUGCAUUAAUACAGGCCAGUAUGACCCGAACAUCGACGACCCGUUUGAGCUGUUUGUGUCGUCGACGUCCAUCCGCUAUUGCUACUACAAGGAGAGCCACCUCAUCCUCGGGCAGACCUUCGGCAUGUGCGUACUGCAGGUAUGUGCACCGCUCACACACACACGGACACACCACGCCACACACUUCGCCCACCUGAGGCCAUCUGUUCCACUCGUCAGGAUUUUGAGGCGCUAUCGCCGAAUUUGCUGUGUCGGACGAUCGAGACCGUGGAAGGUGGUGGGAUGAUUCUCAUCCUGCUCCGUACGAUGGCCUCGCUCAAGCAGCUGUAUGCACUCACCAUGGACGUCCACUCGCGGUUUACCGACAGCGCCUCGAGGCUGGAGAGCAGAGUCAAACCGAGAUUCAACGAACGAUUCAUUCUCUCACUCGGUGGGUGGGUGGGCUGCCAGGCUAACACAUACUCACACCCACACACGCACGGAUGUCUGUCUGUCUGUCUGGCUGGCUGGCUGUCUGUCUGUCUGUUCCUGAUCGGUCAGGCGACUGCCCCAACUGUUUGGUGACCGAUGACGAGCUCAACGUCCUGCCCCUCUCCCAAAACACCCUGCGGAUCCUACCCUUGGACACCAGACACAGCAAGCGCCACCAAGACACCGACAUCCUCGACGUCAAGAAGGGCCCGCCCAUCUCCCAGGAGCUGCAGGAGCUCCGGGCGACCUUCGCCGACACACCACCAUUAGGUCCCAUCAUUGGCCUCACCGUGACGGUAGACCAGGCCAAGGCCGUCAUGACCGUGACGGACGCCAUUGCCGAGAAGUUGCUGAGGACUACCGUGGCCAUCACUGCGGCCAGGGGGCGGGGCAAGAGCGCGGCGCUAGGUUUGUGUGUGGCUGCUGCCGUGGCCUACUCGUAUUCCAACAUAUUCGUGACGGCCCCCGCGCCAGAGAAUGUCGGCACAGUCUUCGAAUUCAUACAAAAGGUGGGUGGGUGACCAAGAACAGAGGAAGAGACGCAAAGCACACGUGUCAAGUCGAGAGAGAACGGCGCAGACGGUUUUGUUCUUUCUGUGUGCUAGGGGUUUGAGGCUCUGGGGAUGAAGGAACACACGGAUUUCGAGCUUUUGAAAGGCACCAGUGCUGAGCUCAACAACCAGCUGGUCCGCAUCAACGUCUUCAGGUCAGCCGAACCACACACAGAUGGAUGGAUGGAUGGAUGGUUGGAUGGAUGCUGUGUGCUGUGCAUGGGGUGUAGGGAUCACCGUCAGACGAUUCAGUACAUCAGCCCCACCGACUACCAGUACCUCGCACAGGCUGAGCUCUUGGUCAUCGACGAGGCGGCCGCCAUCCCGCUGCCCCUCGUCAAGAGACUCAUGGGGCCGUACAUGGUGCUGAUGUCGUCGACCAUCAACGGCUACGAGGGCACCGGCCGGUCCCUCUCCCUCAAGCUGAUAGAGGAGCUCAAACACCCCAAGAAACACAAGAAGCCCCAGGGGCAGCUUGACGCCGCCAUGGCCGCGCAGGACCGAGUGCUCAAGGAGGUCUCGCUGCAGGUCAGGGAGGGAGAGGGAGGGAGGUGCACAGGCAUCCCGUCGGCAAUUGUGUGCGUGUUGUGUGUGUGUGUGUGUGUGUAUGUAUGUGUGCUUUCAGGAGCCCAUUCGUUACGCGCCAGGCGACCCGACAGAGAAGUGGCUCAACGACCUGCUCUGCCUCGACGCCACCAACCCGACACCGCUCAAAAGCAACGUAGGAUCUCCAUACCACUUGAUGGAUGGGCAAGGACGGAAACACUGGACUGUCUGUCUGUUUUCUCUCCCUGCCCUGCCAGGAGCGUUUGCCCCCUCCGUCCGAGUGUGAGCUCUACAUGGUCGACCGCGACGCCCUCUUCUCCUACCACAAGGCGUCGGAGCGUUUCCUGCACAGCCUCACCUCCCUGUUCGUGUCGUCGCACUACAAAAACACUCCCAACGACCUGCUGAUGAUGGCCGACGCCCCACACCACUCCCUCUUCGUGCUGCUGCCGCGGCUGGCCGAGGACGCCACAGCGCUGCCCGACGUCCUGGUGGCCAUCCAGUGUGCUGUGGAGGGCAAGCUUAGCCUCGAUGCCGUCCAGGAAGCGCUCGGGAGAGGGCUCAAGCCUGCCGGUGGGUCCAUGGGUGGUCGGGUGGGGGGAGGCGAGUGGAGACGGCCAAGUGGAUGUGGUAUGUGUUGUCUGUAUGUUGUCUGGUGGUGCAGGCGACCUGCUUCCGUGGACGUUGGCGCAGCACUUUGUGGACGAGGACAUCGGGGCACUCACCGGGGUCAGAAAACACGGCAGGAAACGCACCACGUGUGUGUCAUUUCUUCUGUCCUUCUCAGGUGCGCGUCGUGCGGAUCGCCACCCAUCCCUCCCUCCAGCGCAUGGGCUACGGAUCAUUCGCUCUCUCGAGGCUCAUCGAGUUCUUCGAGCGGAAACUGUUGUCCUUCGACGAGCCCACCGGGCCAUCAGCUGCUGAGGCGGCGGCUGCUGUGGACGACGCGCAGAUGGAUGACAGGAACGAGGAUGACGAUGAGAGUGCGGACGAGGAUGAGCAACAAGACGAGGCGGGAGAAGGAGAUGAGGAAGAGGCAAUGGCACAAGCCAACGGCCCUGCAUCGAGCAGCAGCGACGCCCUCCACCCCCCACAACCGCCGUCCGAGCUGCAGACAGAGCAGCUCAGGGCCCGCAAGACCCCACCCCUGCUCACUCCCGUCACUGAGGCCGCUCUCCCAGUGGCCCCCGACUACCUCGGCACCUCCUUCGGGCUCACUCUGGAGCUCUUCAACUUCUGGCGCCGCCGGCAGUUCCAGCCGGUCUACCUCCGACAAGUGCCCAACGAGAUCACGGGGGAGCACUCGGUCAUCAUGCUGCGACCCGUCAAGGCGCAUGGUGGUGAUGCUGAGGCCUUCCGGUGGCUGACGGGGUUUGUGGACGACUUCAGAGGGAGGUUCCUCAACUUGUUGGGAGGGCCGUUCGCCCACCUGCCCAUAUCGCUGUCCCUGUCGGUGCUCGACCCGCCCGUCACCAAGGCGCAGCAAAGCGAUGUGGCGGCAGACGAGGACACGCACGAGAGAAGCGGCUUUGGCCUGCCGUCCGUCACUGCCAAGACGGUAAGACGGUGGGUGGUGGGGGCAGGCAGGCAGGCGACAUCGGUGUGUGUGUAUUCCCUGUCUGUGUGUCGGUCUAUCUGUCUGUCAGCUUGGUCAGUUCUUGACGAGCCACGACCUGCUGAGGCUGCGCAAGUACGGGCAGCAGCUGGCCGACCUGACGCUCAUCCAGGAUCUGCUGCUGCCUGUUUGCUGGCUCCUCUUCAAUGAACGGUCAGACAAAGACAGGCGCACGUCGCCAGAUCCAUCUGUAUGUGUGUGUGUGUGUGUGCGGAUCAGGUUGCCUGGCCUGACAAUGUCGUAUCUCCAGUGUGCGAUCCUCAUGGCGCUCGGUUGUCAACGAAAAACAAGUAAUGCAAUCUGUGAGGCAGACAGGCAGGCAGGAAGGCUCAACGGGGGCAGGCCACACCAUCCACCGAUGGUUCUGAUGUCCUUCGCAGUGUCAUCUGUAUGCGGCGAGUUCAAUCUGCCCAUCAACCAGGCGUCAGCCCUCCUCAACAAAGCCAUACACAAGCUCUCAACUUACCUCAACGUGAGCAGCCCAGCCCAACCACCCAUAAGCCUUCCCCUGUCCCCCAUCCAUCCAUCCAUCCAUCCAUCCACUGACUGCAGGGUCUACUCGAGCGUGAGGCGGAGAGCGAGGUCGACGCUGAGAUGGGUGCCAGCCACCCGAUGAUGAGGGGGCCGUCGGCCGGGCCAGUGGGUGGCGGCGAGCUGCCCUCCAAAAGUUUUGAGGACGAGCUGGAGGAGAGCGCCGCGCCUGUGCGCGAGGAGCUGAGGCUUAAACGCGAGAAGCUCAUGGAGGACCUUCGCAAUGAGGGGCUCCUGCAGGUGGGUACCUAGGGAUGGGUGGUCGGGUGUGGCGUACAUGGCGCGUCGUGUUGCUGGUUGUUUGUUGUUGGUGCAGAAGUUCUCCCUUGACGGUGUCGACAUCGAUGAGUUCCGACGGACGAGCAAGGGACACACGCCCAAAGGUGAGUGACAACGCAGCGCCAAUUGAAUUGCCAGGACAAACAGGCAGUAGAUACGCACCUUUCCUUGUUGCCGGCCUGGCCUGCAGGUGUGGUGUCCUUGAAACGUGCAAGAUCUCCUGAUGCGGUGGCUGACCUGUCGCUGGUGCAGCAGCAGCGGCAGAAGGCGGCCGCCGCACACAAGGGGGGCGACAAGAAGAAAAAGAAACAGAAGGCACACCACUAAGGCUAGCAGACAGACGAGAACCAGGAGACGAAAGAGCGUCGGGAGGGAGGGCGAUUUGGCGUUGCCUGUCUCACUGUCCCGACACUGACAUGUGACGCUUGUCGGCCGUGCUGCACGUUUUCAUCAAAGUAUUCGCG